UAACUUUGUAAAAGAGUUCGCUCUCCGUCCGCCCCACACAUUGAGUGAUGCUAGUCGCUGUAGUAAUGAUUAAAUCAACUUUAUCUUGGAUUUAAAUCACUAGCUAAUGACCCGAGUGACUGUUAUGAUUUCGCGAACAGCAACAAGCAUCGCUGGAUUGGCUUGGCCUGGGUCGGUGUUAAAUUGGCAUCGUGCAUUUUAACUCUUGCAUUAUUAUUAUUUCGCGACAUGAAGACGCGACCUUCUGGCAACACCUCUAACGCGGAUUGGAUGGGUUCGUUGUGUGCUGUGCUCACAUCAAUGCCUUUGAAGCACCUGGCAGUUCCUGGGUCUCAUGAUUCCUUCAGCUUCUGGGUUGAUGAGCAAGCUCCAGUCGGUCCAGACCAAAAGGCGUAUGUGAAACACCUGGCUGCAGUAUUUCGCUUUCUGGCCAAGAAGGUGAUGAAGAAGUGGUCCAUGACCCAGAACCUGUCUUUUAGGGAACAGCUGGAAGGGGGAAUUCGAUAUUUUGACCUCCGCGUAUCUUCCAAACCAGGAGAACCAGGCCUUGAAAUAUACUUCAUCCAUGGGCUGUUUGGACACAAAGUACGUGAUGGCCUUAAUGACAUUAACACUUUUCUAAAUACACACAGGAAAGAGGUUGUAUUUCUGGACUUUAAUCACUAUUAUGAGAUGAGCGAGGAACAUCAUCGCUACUUAAUCAGCAUGCUGAAGGAGGUGUUUGGCCACAAGCUCUGCAAGAUUGAUGCGGUGGAGGACAUCACUCUGAAUUACCUUUGGGAGAACGGGUUCCAGGUUCUAGUUUUCUAUCACCAUCCAUCUGCUGAGGGAUGUCCUCUGAUGUGGCCUGGUAGUAAAAUUCCUGCUCCUUGGGCCAAUACCACAGACACCAACAAGCUCAUCCAGUUUCUGGAGACAACUCUGGGUGAAAGAGACAAAUAUGGAAGUUUUCAUGUGUCUCAAGCCAUUCUGACCCCACGUGUCAAGACCAUAGCCAGAGGCCUGGUGCGAGGGCUACGAAACUACCUUGUGGAGAAGAACCUUCCAACCAUAAUGACAUGGGUGGAGGCGCAGAAACCAGGCGUGAAUGGAGUCAAUAUCAUCACUUCAGAUUUUGUAGAGCUUGUGGACUUUGCCAACACUGUCAUUAGACUAAAUAACCUCCUACUUCAGGACCGAAAAGGCAUGUGACCUUCUUGGUGACCUCCAAGAACAAAGACUAAAGGUGUGAUGUCAUCAGGGUCACAGCAUAAUGGAAUAGGGAUGACAGAAACGUUUGGAAGUUAAAUGUUUUAAUCUGCAGAGCCUUUAGUGCCAUCUCAUACCCAUGACUGAAUGUUUUUUGUUCUCAAAUCAGUCACUAUAGUCUGUGUAAUUAUUUAAUUAUUUAUUAUAUUUUUUAAGUGUUUUAAUAAACAUCAAAGGUUUAUUCUGUCAUAUAGAAUAUGUUGUAUGGUUAUCACCAUGAAAGCAUGCUAUCUUAGGGUUUCCACGGUCAUUGGAAACAUGGUAAUAUCAGGGAUUUUAAGUGUUUAUAUGACCUGAAAAUGGUUCUUUUCAAUAAAUGUUACAAUAAAUUCUUAGCAAUCCCAUGCAACUGGAAAGGUCACGGAGUUUAUUUGGUUUUAAAAGUGUGGAAAUCCUAUUAUGUCACGUCUGAAAAAGAUAUUUGCCUGUAUUAUGUGUUAUCUCUGCACUUUAAGUGGUUUAACAAUGGGUCUUGUUGCCUACCUCAUGUGACCCGAGAGUUUCUGGUCUUUCUUUGUGUUUUCCUCACUAAAAGAUAUGGACCACAGUGACGACAGGAACCUUUUUUUGACAGCUGCUGUAGUAUAAUAAACAGUUCUCAAACA